UCUGUUUAAAAGACACACCUAAUUGUAUGUUUCUUUUUUAUAUUUCCCGUGUGUCGACUGGUGCAGCUGGUCGACUACAUACAUACAUAUAUUUCGGCGCGGCACGUGCCAGAAAUAGACAUCAGUAUCUCUUCUCUCUCGAAUACGACGUAGGGGGUGCAACGACAUUUAAAAUGCUCUGUACCAACCGGAGAAAACACCCUCAGUUAGUUUCAAACAGUUCGUGAACACGGUUGACGUUCUUCCCCGGCUUGUUAAAGAUGAUCGAAUCAAGAGUCUGAGUGAACACGAGACAGUUUAAGGCCGUCGCCCUUAACAGCACUGCACCAGAUCAACGACGUUUUAUUGUCCCCGCGUUGAUGCUGUUUGCCAUCGUUUAGCAUCGGCAUACGCUAAAGAACAUCAGCAUAAAAUGAUCGCAUUCGGAUACAAUAAAUAAAUAAAGUGACACACGAAUAAAUGCAAAUAACGCUAAAAUUAAAAUACUGAGAUCAACUGUAUAAAGUAAAAAUAACAACCAAUGAAACCAGGCACUGUAAAAAAAGUGGAAAAAGAAUUCUUCCGUUAAAUGAGCGACGGCCCUUGAUGAACCUAUCCUAGCAAAUACAAGCAAAUACAUUUUUAUACAAUUACGUUUAAGGCACAUGGAAACAAACAUCAAGUUAAGAGUGUCAAAUUUGCAUUGAUUAGUAAAUAAUUCGGAAAAAAAAAAAAACGAGAAAUCAUGGGCAGAAACGGAACAGGUCCGGUAAUUCGGAUGUCUUCUACAGGCACGCAUGCUGCCGGUGGAGUAGAAUGUUGCUUCUGCAGAUGUUGCACGUGCAUACACGUGGAAUUCCUGAAAACUUUGCCUGGUGUGCUAAAACUGAGCGAAACGAUCAUCAGCGGUUUGAUACAAAGUUUGUUAAUUAAUUACGGCUUGAGAUACAGUACAACAAUCGGUUCAGCUUUCGAGGGAUCGUUAACCACGUCUUCCGCAUGUUUCUUAACAUCGGCGGUGUUACUCGCCUGCUACAUCGUGUCCGAAAAAUCCUACAAAUUAAUUCGAUCGUCAUUAUUCGAAAUGAUGUUCAACGCCCUGGCCUCUUUUCUAUAUCUAAGCUCGGCUUCUUAUUUGGCAUUUUCUACAAAGAUAUUUCUCCUUCCGCAGUAUUACAUAAGCCCGGGAUUCGAUGUUUAUCCCGCGAUGACAGCUAGUUAUAUUAUGAGUGGUUUUGUUGGUGUGCUGCACGGGGCGGACGCGUAUUUCUCUUACAAGCAUUAUAGAAGCGGAAGAUGAAUUUGAAGAUGAGUGAAAUAUAGAAAAAUAUCCUACGAUUCGUGAUCGAAACGAGGUCCAAGUUAUGACCUACAGAAUAUAUAGACAAAAUGAGUAACGCGUCGAAUUUUCUUUGACAUAUUCGCUGUUAUUGACACUCACGUUGCGUUCGGUUAAUUGUCUAAGUAUUGCUUUUAUAUCUUUUACAGUGACCAAUUUGGAAAGAGUGUUAUUUAACAAUGAUAUGAAUACUUAAGUCAAGUUAAUCCAAACAUUGUAUAACAAACUAAAGUAUCAUAAAAGUGUAUAAAUCAAAA